CAACCACCUAAGACAUUGACACAUGAGUGUUAGUCAACUGUAUGUCACUGUGACUAUAUGCCUGACAGCAUCAGCUAAGGGAGGAGAGAUUCACGCUGGUUUGUAGUUUCGGGCAAUAUAGCCUGUUCCCCAGGGGAGACCAAGGCAUUGGUGUCGGUUGCGCUUUGGCAGAUUAUUCACCUUCUGGUUGGCCAGGAAGCAGAGAGCUUAAUAGGAAAUGGGACUAGGUUUUAACCUUCAAAACUCCACCCUCAGUGACUCACCUCUGCCAGUUACAUCUCCUGCCAUACAGUUUGACAAUCUUCCAAAGCAGCGCUACCAGCUGGCACCAAAUGUUAGCACAUGAACCAUGAGAGAGAGUUCACACUGAACUGCCUACAGAAACGUCUGUCUUUGAUUAGACAAAUCUAUGUUGGCUGUGCUUGGAUUGGUUAAGAAAAGGUUUGCUCAGCAAACCUUGCAGAUACAUAUUUUUGUUUGUUUGUUUGCUUGUUUGUUGAGACAAGGUGGUAUAGAAAUUGCAAUCCUCCUGCCUCAGCUGCUCAAGAGCUAGAAUUACGGAUGUGCACCACCACGUCCAGCAUUGCAGAUGCAUUUGAUAAGACAGCAGGAUGUGAUUUACCAGUCUCCAGGUGGUACUUAAGGCCCUCCCUUCGCCAGUUAUGCUGACAGGAGGUGGUUGGUCCCUUUCUGGAAGCUCUAGAUACGCAUCAAUGCUUAGGACAGGGUGCAUGUCAGAGCCGCCCGGCAGCCUGUUGGGCGGUGUCACUGUGUGGCUUUUGCAAAGCCCGGAGGAAUCUGAGAAGCAAGUGAGAGGAACGAUGCAUGAAAACAAAAGGCAGUGGAAAGAGUGACCAGCCAGCAGGCUCCGGCAGGCUAGAACGCUCUGUCCUUGUUACUGCUGCUUCAUGAAAAUGCCGCGGGCCUUCUGGCAGGGUCUACACGGUAGAGGCUUCCUAGGAAAACAAAGAUGAGGGAUGCGGACCUGGAGGUUGGGGUUCUAGUUUCCCACUUCCCUGUAGAUGCUCCACAGUGAGGUCAGAGAGCCCUGUGCCCCUCAGUAGGUGUCUGCUGACCUUUCCUCUGUCCUGGCUGCUUUCCCAAGAGGUUUUCCCCUCCCACUCACAAGCAGCAAACUCUCAGAGGCCUAGCAGGGCUGGUCUAGGAGAGAGGCUGGGUGGUGCCUGCUCUCUCUGAAGGUCAGCAGAAGGGAGGCAGCAGGGCCCUCAAUCUUGGUCAAAGCAUGUUUGCCACAAAACAGUGACUCUGGUUGGGAUGUCUUCAUUCCCUCCUGCUUUCUUCUGAGUUGGGAAGAACCAGCUGCUGCCGUACUAAGGCAGCCUCUCUUCAAUUUCCAAGAAACCAGGAAAGGGAAGAGCUUGAGUUUUUACUCCAUAGGAGAAUUCUGGAUUCACCUCUUCAGAGUCUCCUUUCUUUGACCUAUAAAAAUACCUGAUUGCAAAGAAGGGACCUAGCCCACAUUCUCUUUUUGUCUUAAACAGUGUCUGUGAGGACAACAAGUAAAAAUAGGCCUUUGCGGAUACAAUAGACCGAACCAAACUGGGUGUGGUUUGCCUGGCAGCUGCACAAGCCCUUGUUUCUUUUGGUCUUGGAAUGCUCCAGACUUGGCCUCUGCCUCAUGAAAUCCUAAAACACUAGCCUGAAAGUGGCUCCUUGGGAGUGAGACUCGGUCUCUAGAGUCAGCCAUUCCCAUCUUUCUGAUCCCCUAGCAUUUCACCCUCAUAGAAGGCAAGCAUUGGAGCUAGGGAGUGGGGGUGUCUCAGUAAGACCACACACACAUACACACACAGACACACACACACAGACACACACAUACACACAGACACACACACACACAAACACAAACACACACACAGACACAGAUACACACAGACACAGACAUACACACACACAGACACACACACACACAGAGAUACACACAGACACAGACAUACACACACACAGACACACUAACACACACACAGACACAUAUACACACACAGACAACACACACACAGACACAUACACACAGACACACACACAGACAAUACACACACACAUACACACACACAGACACACACACACACGGUGGAAAGGGAUUGAGACACCCUCUGCAUACAUAUGUGCACAAAUACACAUACACACGUACACAAGCAUUCAUCAUAUUUCAUUAUAAUUGCUCAUUUGGGAUUGUGCCUUAUUGCACUUCCUUAGCAUCUACAGGCUGUAUUUUAGCAUCAUAGUUCCUUAAUAGGUGUUUAUUAUAUGAGUCAAGGUUUCUUGGCACUUGUAUUUCAGUUUCAAGUUUUUAUUCUGUCUGUUUGCCUGUGUGCUUGCUGAUUUUUUUCAGUGCCAAGGACAGGUAGAAUACCCAGGGACUCAAAACACACUAGACAAGUAGUCUAGCAUUGCACCAUCCCCUCCCCACCACACCAGCCUGCUUCUGUUUCUCAAUUAGCCCUAGCCGCUUCUUCCUUGGGGUGAAACGUGGGCAGUUUGAGCUCAAUGUAGAAUACAGGGUUUGCUACAAUGAAAUGUAAUUUUUUUCCCUAAGGAACUGCUCUCUUAGGAAUGGGUUUCAGAUAUGUCACUUCUGUUACAGGUCCGAGAGUUGUUUUUAGGAAACACUGCCACCAUUACCUCCGAGAGGCACAUCAGUGUCAGUGGUUGUUAUUUUCCAUCUACAGAUGGCCAAAUGGAGGCUCUCUUUUUCAUUUACCAAUUACUCUUCUUAAAGAAAUACGUGAGGAGGAGCGUUAUGGGUUCCCAAGGAAUGUGUGCCACUGAAGUAAGGACCCACCCAGAAUGUGGGCUAAGCCUCCCCUCUCAUGACCCUCAACUGAAAUCACAGCUUUUGCCAUGGAAUGCAGAGAUGAAUCCUGGGGCAGCAGCGAGUGUGAGAGGAGAAGGGAAGCAGAAUAAGACAAGGUGUUCUGCCAGAGGGAGCUUGAGUAUCCACGGAAAGACGGAAUGCCUGCACAAGUGGCUUCGCAGAACAGUAAUGUGCUACAGGAUGAAGCCAUGCCUCAAUAGGAAGGUUCUUGGAUGCUGUAAGAAGGGACCGACGGGACUGGAGAGAUGGCCCAUGGUUAAGAACACUGGCUGUUGUUCCAGGGGAUCCAGGUUGAAUUCCCAGCACCUACAUGGCAGCUCACAACUGUCUGUCACUCCAAUUCCAGAGGAUACGGCCACCCUCACACAGACAUACAUGAACAUUUUAGUGGAUAAACCAAAUGAUCAGUCUUCCAGAUGGUCUUCAGAGAGCAACUAUCCUCCCCAGUACUUGAUUCUGAAGCUUGAAAGGCCUGCUAUAGUUCAGAAUAUUACAUUUGGAAAAUAUGAGAAAACUCAUGUCUGCAAUUUGAAGAAAUUCAAAGUUUUCGGUGGAAUGAAUGAAGAAAAUAUGACAGAGCUGCUGUCCAGCGGCUUGAAGAAUGAUUAUAACAAAGAGACAUUUACCUUGAAACAUAAAAUUGAUGAACAGAUGUUCCCUUGUCGAUUCAUUAAAAUUGUUCCACUUUUGUCCUGGGGGCCCAGCUUUAAUUUUAGCAUCUGGUAUGUUGAACUCAGUGGCAUUGAUGAUCCUGAUAUAGUGCAGCCCUGUCUGAACUGGUACAGCAAGUACCGCGAACAGGAAGCCAUUCGCCUUUGCCUAAAACACUUCAGACAACACAACUAUACAGAGGCUUUUGAAUCCCUGCAGAAGAAAACCAAGAUUGCACUGGAGCAUCCAAUGUUGACAGAUAUGCACGACAAAUUGGUGUUAAAGGGUGACUUUGAUGCUUGCGAGGAGUUGAUUGAAAAAGCGGUAAAUGAUGGCUUGUUCAAUCAGUAUAUCAGUCAACAGGAGUAUAAGCCACGGUGGAGUCAGAUUAUUCCUAAGAGCACCAAAGGUGAUGGAGAAGAUAACCGUCCAGGAAUGAGAGGGGGCCAUCAGAUGGUCAUUGAUGUUCAGACAGAGACUGUUUAUUUGUUUGGUGGCUGGGAUGGAACACAAGAUCUUGCUGACUUCUGGGCAUACAGUGUGAAGGAGAACCAGUGGACAUGUAUUUCUAGAGACACUGAGAAAGAGAAUGGUCCUAGUGCCAGAUCAUGUCAUAAAAUGUGCAUUGAUAUUCAGCGGAGACAAAUCUACACAUUGGGCCGUUACUUGGAUUCCUCUGUGAGGAACAGCAAAUCUCUGAAAAGUGAUUUCUACCGUUACGACAUUGACACCAACACCUGGAUGUUACUAAGUGAAGACACUGCUGCCGACGGUGGACCAAAAUUGGUGUUUGAUCAUCAGAUGUGUAUGGACUCAGAAAAGCAUAUGAUCUAUACCUUUGGUGGUAGGAUUUUGACAUGUAAUGGCAGUGUAGAUGACAGCAGAGCCAGUGAACCACAAUUCAGUGGGCUGUUUGCAUUCAACUGCCAGUGUCAAACCUGGAAACUUCUUCGAGAGGACUCCUGUAACGCAGGCCCUGAGGACAUCCAGUCUCGGAUUGGACACUGCAUGCUGUUCCACUCGAAAAACCGUUGUUUAUACGUGUUUGGUGGCCAGAGAUCUAAGACCUAUUUGAAUGAUUUUUUUAGUUAUGAUGUGGACUCUGAUCAUGUAGACAUAAUUUCAGAUGGCACCAAGAAAGACUCUGGAAUGGUUCCAAUGACCGGAUUCACACAGAGAGCAACUAUUGAUCCAGAACUGAAUGAAAUACAUGUUUUAUCCGGACUUAGCAAAGACAAAGAAAAGAGGGAAGAGAAUGUCAGAAAUUCAUUCUGGAUUUAUGACAUUGUGAGGAAUAGCUGGUCUUGUGUCUAUAAGAAUGAUCAAGCUGCAAAAGAGAAUCUGAGUAAAAGUCUUCAGGAAGAAGAACCAUGUCCAAGGUUUGCCCAUCAGCUCGUUUAUGAUGAAUUACACAAGGUUCAUUAUUUAUUUGGUGGGAAUCCAGGAAAGUCUUGCUCUCCAAAGAUGAGACUAGAUGACUUCUGGUCGCUGAAGUUGUGCAGACCUUCGAAGGACUACUUACUGAGGCAUUGCAAGUACCUCAUCAGGAAGCACAGGUUUGAAGAAAAGGCCCAGAUGGAUCCCCUUAGUGCUCUGAAGUAUUUACAGAAUGAUCUUUAUAUAACUGUGGAUCAUUCGGACCCAGAAGAGACAAAAGAGUUUCAACUCCUAGCCUCAGCCCUGUUCAAAUCUGGCUCAGAUUUCACAGCUCUAGGCUUUUCAGACGUGGAUCACACCUAUGCUCAGAGAACUCAGCUCUUUGACACCUUAGUGAAUUUCUUUCCUGACAGCAUGACUCCUCCUAAGGGCAACCUGGUAGACCUCAUCACACUGUAACUGGGCGUGGAUUGAGGAGUUACUGGGCUCAGAAGUGGAGACAGGAACCGGAGGUGGCUGUUUGUGUGGGCAGAGGUGACGUUGCAGUGACUGAGGACUGAGGACUGCAUCCGAGUUUUGAAGGAUCCUUACUGUCACAAGUUUUAACCCUCUUCCUUCAUACCUGACCUCAAUCCCCUUUUCCUUAUAUUCCUGCAUUAGGCUAAUAAAGUGAAAUUGAUAUACUUCCCAUUUAAUUAUGUAUAUUUUUCUUUAGCUUUUAAGAAUUAACAAAUAUUAAUGAAAAUUAGGCAUUUUUUUCUGGUUUCCAAGUUUUCAGAGUUUAUUUUUAGUUAGGAGAACAGCACUGUUGAUAGUCUUAGUGCUGUAGGAAUUUGGGGAUUUGCUGUUGGGUGUUUGGCCUUUGUUUCCUGUGUCUUCUCUUCCCCUUCCACUUUCCCUCACAUCACAGCUGGUGUGAAUGCUGUCUCUGGUUUACUCCCUCAUCCUUAACAGACGUGAGGCUCUGUGGGACACGGGUGGUAUAUGUUUAAGUGAUGUGUGCUUGUUGACUUCUUGUAUUAAAAUAAAGUGGUUAGAGGGCUUGAAUUUACACUCUUUCCCAUACCACCAAAAGCUCAAGAUUGGCCCAGACACCUGGUCAGAAAUUGAUAUCUCUGUAUUGGUGUUCUGUAGUGGACAUUACAGUAGCCAUUAGCAUAGAGUCCCAGAAACCUGAAACCAAGGCCCUUAUCCAGAGAUGACCAGCAGCAGAGGCCCUGUCCUGACCUCUGUUUCAGUGGUGUCUUUGCAGGGACCCCUCAUUUAAAAGGAAAUGACUCUCUGCUGGUAGAGUGAUGGAGAACCCACGCUCUCACUCUCCUCUGAGUUACCUUUUCGUCGUAGUUUUAUCUGGGAAGAUAGGUUCCAGAGCUACCAUAUGUAGCCCUGCUAUUUUGAAGAGUAGCAGUGUGUGGUUGUUUUGGGCAUACAGCUUACAGGCAUUUUAGUAAUAAGCACAUGGGCCAGACUUUUUUUUUUUUUCCGGAGCUGGGGACUGAACCCAGGGCCUAGCAAGCGCUCUACCACUAAGCUAAAUCCCCAACCCCUUGGGUCAGACUUUUUUAAAUGAAUAAAAAGAAAAGUACAUAAUACAAGAGUUUUUCAUUAGACAGUUUGCCAUUUUCAUUGUUCUCGUUCUGUACAUACAGGAACAGAGGCAUACCCUCAUCUCAGAUGCUGUGGAAUGUAUCAUAGGAAACCCACCUCUGGCUAGCUAGCAUUCACAUUUGCUCAAAAGUGUGCCAUAUGCAGCUGGUACCACUGUGUUGAAAACAGGAUCUGUCCUACCCACAUGCCAGCUAGUAGGUGUGUGUGACUGAAGUUCCAGAAGUGUCAUGUGUAGGAAGGAGACUUUGAUGCAUCCUUCCCUCUGUAUUUACUUCAUGGCUUUACUUUUGCAGGUGAAUGGGAAUAUAUUUUUGCCAGUUGUAGGCUUUUUAGCUUUACAAGCAUCUCAAAGCAAUCAGUAGUGACUUAAUAAACACAUGUGUCAAUACCCUACCCUGUGAAAAGUAUGUAUGCAGUGUCAGUUAGGAGGUACCACAUUGUAUAAAAUGCAGAAUAAUCCCUUACCUGUACAUUUGAGCAAAUCCAUUCUCUCCAAAGACUUUACAGCUUCUAAAGUGAUUCUUCUAAGUAACAGCCAAGAGCAAGAACAAAAACUGUGUAGCUAAUAGUGUAGCCUGGUGGGUCUCAUUUCAAGAAGACAGGUGCAAAUCAGUAGUUGACCAAAAAUGUUUUUUCUUUUUUGAACUGGAAAUUGCCAAUGUAGAGAGCUGUGGCUGAGCGCUGUGAGCUCGGGCACCUUGACCGUACAGCCAGUUGGGGUUCUGCUGCCUGAAGCUUCUGUCUGUACCUGAUUACCACCCCCCCCCCCCAAGUUUUCUCAUCAAUUCCUCUGAUUCUAUUAUUUGGGUGGAAUUCAUUUCUUAACCUUGGUGGCUACCCCCUCCCCCUUUUCUCUGUUUUUAUUCCAUCCUCCCUCACUUUUAUUUAGUUUAGAAUUUUUUACUUUUUACUACCAUGUUUAAAUGAGUGAAUCCUAGGAAACCACUCGGAGCUGCCUGAGUGAAGAUGCUUUCAGUAGUGAGGAGGUGAAUGGCACGACUGACUCAAGCAAGUCAGACUGCGCCUUGGGGAUUCAGCGGGGCACUCCAGGGCUAACUUAGGAAGCGUAGCGCUCACACAUCCAGGACCAAGCUGGCCAUGCUGCUCACCACGUCCCACAUGACACCUCUCACUGAGAGCUUGUAUAGAUGUUUAUAAGGAGUAACAGCAGAAUAUUAUAAUUUAAACUGUAAACAUUAGUAUUUAAGGAACUAAAUAUAUGUGCUUUACUAAAAAUUUCUUUUGCAUUCUAGCUUAUCCCCAAUUAAAACACUAGCUGUAGAUAUAUUAAUUGGUGGAGAACCUCUGGCUUCAGUCUCCCCUCCAGCUCCUGUUUUUGUAGCAGGAUAUAUGGCUUUUGUUCCACCAGAAAGAAGCUACUGAUGCCUGAUGCUGCUUUCACCCUUGUGUUCUGUAAGAAUCUGGAUUGCAAGUCACUUCACAAAUGCAUUUACAUUUCACUUAUGAAAUAGCAUGAGACCUUACGGGGCCAGUUUCUUUGAUUCAGAGGUAUGUCACAUUUUUACACACAAAGUAAUUUAGAAUUGGAUUCCCACCUCUGUGUUAAAGGUGACCAACAACCUUAACCUCCAUCAAAGUCACCUUUUUUUGAUUUGGUUUCCAUCUCUACAAAACCUGACCUUUCUGUGUCCGAGGAGUAAAAACUGAUAGAAAACAUUGGAAAGUUCGGUCAGUGGUUUGUUGUAGUACAGUGUGUCAGAUUUAACGCACGCCCAGUGCUUUGUUUGUUUAUAAAACUAUAUUGAGUAAAUAUGUAUUCUGUGUGUAAAUGUUGGCAGCCUGCCAUUCCGCUGGCUCUCCACCUCUGCCUUAAAGUGCUAUAUAAAAUACACAGUAACAGUUUCACGUGACAGAACAGCCUUAAAGGCAGUCUGUAGAUAAAAAGAAGUUGAGGACUGAGUCUCUACUGAGAGACUGGGAUUGUCGCUUAAUAAGUCAAAAGCACUUAAUGCUCCUGAUUGCUAUUCUCCGAGUUAUAUUAAGUCGUAUGGUAAUUAUAUUAAGAGUUACCUUGUCAUUAUUUCCUGUGAAACAAUGGGAAACCCUUUGAUGACUGUCAUGUGACAGCUGGGUUCUGCUAUGAAGUGACUUUGGGGGCGGAAGUCAUAAUAGUGUGCACUUUAGGCGAAGCCACAGACCCCUUUAAAGAUGCCCUUCCUGACACUUGCUUCCUUAAAAAUCCCUGUUCAUCUACAGUCUCAUCUCUCUGCAGAAAUUUUGACCUGAAUUGUCACCAAGUUUUAAUUAGUCUAUGGUUUAGGAUGUACAGGCUAUACAAGAAAAAAAAUUAAAGUUGUUGGAGGUAUGUCAAAGAGGUCUGUAUAUGACAAUAUUUACAGAUUAAGAUGUUGGGCUCUUUAAUGCAGUUUUUGUUUUCUGUAUUAGGCAAAUAAUACUAAUUUUUAUAUGUGGAUUUUGACUGUGGGGGUUUGUCUCUAUAAUUUGUCUUAAUGUUGAAAUAACUUGACUAUCCAAAGCUUCUAGUAUAUGUCAGGUAUGUGUGUAUGUCUAUAUAAUAUAUAUUAUAUAUUCUCUAUAUAUAGAUGUAUCAGCUGAAGGUCAGAGUUCCCACUUGUGUUGAAAUUCUGUGGAACUGACCAGUACAGCUGAGUGACAUGAAUAGUUUGCUUGUUUACGGGGGAGGGUUAUUACAGUCAAUUGUUCUCUUCACCAAAUGAGCGUCUUGUUUUCUUAUUAAAUGCUAUCUCAGAUUUUAUUUUUAGAUGAUUUUUCAACCUUAAAUUCAUUCUAUUCACCAAUUACUGUGAAUUGUGUUUCUAUUUAUUUUCCUUGGCUAAUUUAACUUUAUUCAUUACUUUCUAAAUUUUUCUAUGGCAACGUUUAGAACUAUUGUAUUGCUUUAAAAAAAAGUCAAAUCAUUGUAAAUCAUAUAUGCUUCUGUUUAUGAUAAGAGAAUAAUGAGAUUAAAAAGUGUAUAUUGGUAAAGAAGUAAUAACAUUUAGAUAUUGCUAUAAAA